AUGAUAUACAGUGACAUUGCUAGGGAAAACUGCAAGCCAUGGUUUGGUGUUUGCACAUUGUACACACCUGAUGGAGUUUGCCAGGGCCUUCAUUGCUUUAUUGUACCUCUUCGUGAUCCCAAGACAUUGCUGCCUUACCCGGGAGUCACAAUUGUAGAUAUGGGGCAUAAGUUAGGCCUUAAUGGUGUAGAUAAUGGAGUUAUGAUGUUUGAUCACUAUGCCAUCCCUCGUGAUAAUCUCCUUAACCGAACUGGUGAUGUUACACCAGAGGGAGUGUAUGAAACACCUUAUAAGGAUCCCAACAAGAGGUUUGGUGCAUCCUUAGGAAACUUAUCAGUAGGACGUGUAGGAAUCAUAGGGUUUGGAGUUGUCCAUUUGAGAAAGGCUUUAACCAUUGCAGUUCGUUAUUCUGCUGUUCGCAAGCAGUUUGGGCCAGGUGCAGAAGAGUUGCCUGUGAUAGAAUAUCCUCUGCAGGUGAGGCUUUUGUACACUGCUAUUUUCUAAGAAAAAGGAAGAUAA